AUGCAAAAGGUUUUUAUUAAAAAGAAGAAAACCAAAAAGAAGUCUUCAAGCAAACCACAAUUAUCMAAUAGCAUUCAAGCUGCAACUUGGGCCUCUCUAACUCCUGAUGAUCUUUGGAGGACCAUUGUGUCUGAUAUUAAGUCCAACUUUGGCUAUGACUUGCUGUGUGACAAUUGUGAUGCCGCUGUGGCAAGAUAUGGCAUUCAGAAAAUUUCAUUAUUGAGGUCUUUGUGCAUUAAAACUGGGGUACAAAUUCUUCUUCGUGAAUAUGACUUUAAUAGUACAAAGCAUCCCACUUUUAAAGAGGAGGACAUAAUGAAUUUGUUCCCUAUUGUUAAACAUACAAAUCCCAAGGCUUACGAUGCUUCUGCUGUAUUUGAUGCUGCAAAUGGGAAACUGCAGACUGGUUUUCUGGGUGAAGCCCAUGAGUUGAUGGUUGAGGCUCUUAACCUAUUCCACCAAGUUUAUGGACCUCUUCAUCCAGAUGUUGCUCUUUGUUACAGAUCAAUAGCAAGAUUGCACUAUUUGGCAGAUGAUGCUGUGCAGGCUGUUGCCUAUCAGAAGAAGGCAGUGAUCGUAUGUGAACGUGUCCAUGGAAUUGAUCAUCCUGAUACCAUCAUUGCAUAUGUUCACUUGGCUCUUUAUUGUCAUAAUUGCGGAAUGGUAUCUGCUGCCCUCAAACUGAUGUAUCGCGUCAGGUACUUGGCUUUGUUGAUAUUUGGAGAAGGUCACCCAGACAUGUCAACAUUUGAUAGCAAUAUUGGACUCAUGCUUCAUGGCCAGCGUGAAUUCAAAAUUUCAGAGAAGUUUAUGGAAAAAGUUCUUGAUGUUCAACUGAAAUAUCAUGGAAUGUCGAGCGUUCACACUGCUAUGAGCUUUCAUCUACUAGCCCGUGCAAAGGCCUGUGUGAAUGAUUAUCGUGCUGCCCUUCAAAAUGAAAAGCUAGCUUAUGGUGUUUAUAAGUCCAAGUUUGGAGAAGAUGAUCCCCGCACAAGAGAAAGUUAUGAUUACCUGAAGCACUGUACUAGACAAGCAGUUGCCAUUCAGAAAAGGAUCAAUGAAUUGGCAGGAAGUAGAUUGAAAGAUGUCACCUCUAGGGACUCUGAUAAUGUGGAUGUUGCUCAAGAUAUCUCACAGCUKAUGGGAAUUCUGAGUGGUUUAAAGGAAGGUCCAGUUAGAGCACCAACAACUCAAUGAUCACCAAGAGUGCAACUGGCACAUGUUCUUUUUAAAACAUUCGUGCAUUCAUCUCCUAGUAAUAAGGUGGAUUAUCAUAUUGAAAUACCAAAUCGAUUAUUUGAUGUUUGAAAGAUGACCAACCUCUAAAGCAAUUAUUUACCUAUACUCUGGUAUAUUCGGAUUACAUUUUAUGCAAGUGAUUAUUGAUUUGCAUCCUAAUUAACAUAUGCGGUGUUUUCACAAAAACUCGAUUUUUUCAGAAAAUUGUUCCGUUUUAUUUUGAUAGAAAUUUGAGAAUUUGUAUAUAUAUAUACUUAAAACAAUAUCAUAAGUCAUUCUUCGACUUUUUUUAUCAUGAUAUUCACUCUUCCGAGACUUCGGCUCCAAAGAAAAAUUGACCUGAUUGUAUAAUUAUGAGUGGAACAUCAAAUAACCGAUUUGGCAUUUUUCAUAUGAUGAUCCAGUGGCUUCUCUGCAAAAUAAGAGUUAGAAAGCUUUGGUGUUUCUCUCCGGUUAUAGAUAUAUAAUUUUUUUGCUAUAUCUCUCUUUAUCAUUCAAUAUGUCAUGAAUGUCCUUGUCUUCGAUGUGUAAAGAGAAGUUUCUUUUCAUGUUAAAGAAGUGAACUGCAGGGAUGCUUAACUCAAAUUACUGUCAACAACAAAAACAGUCGCAAGACCACUAGAAUUUGCUUUUCGUACAAGGAGUGCUUGGGUCUCUUGCUGUUGCAUCCAAGAAUGACGAAUUAUAAAAACAAAUUAUAAUAACUUCCGUGAAAAGUUAGCUGCAUCAGCAAUCCUCAGUCAUGAAUAGUCAGCAUUAGACUAAUGGAUAUGUAUUGUGAUGAAGCACUUAAUGAGUAUUAUUUCCAUCAUUAACAAAAUUGCAUUUUCGAGUCUUCAAAAAAAAAAUCAUGUUUUUCAACUUGUGGAUUCUUGGGGAUUUUUUUUGACAUCGAAACGUUCAAGAUUUAUUCUGGGUUUCCCCAUACAAUGACUCUGAGGAAUCAUCAAUGAUAGCUGGGGUACUUACUGUGCACAUGCUCACGGCAAGUAAUUUGAUUAUUGAUAAUAAAACUUAUUUACACACGACUAGUCAGUUUUAA